CAGGCCGCGCCCGACUUCCCCGGUGCUCUCUCAUGCGCAUGCGCCAGGACUAGCGUUUCUGGUACGACAUGUAAUAUAAAGGCUGGUCUACUGCUCGGGUGUUGGAAAAACAUAUUAAGCCAAUGAUUCCUAUAUGCCCAGUAGUCUCCUUCACCUAUGUGCCCAGCCGGGUUGGUGAAGAUGCCAAAAUGGCUACCGGCAAUUACUUUGGAUUCACCCACGGUGCUGCCGCCCAAUAUAGUCAGCAGCCAGCUGCCGGGUUAGCCUACACACAUCCUACCACAGUGGCCAGUUACACAGUUCAUCAAGCCCCUGUAGCAGCACACACCGUGGCAGCAGCCUACGCUCCUACUGCAGCCACAGUUGCUGUUGCUAGGCCGGCCCCCGUUGCCGUGGCAGCUGCUACUGCUGCAGCUUAUGGAGGAUACCAGCCAACCCACACUACCACAGACUAUGGCUACCCUCAGCGCCAACCUGAAGUCCCUCCACCACCUCCACCGGUCACCUCACAGAACUACCAGGACUCUUACUCGUAUGUCCGGUCAACAGCUCCAGCUGUGGCUUAUGACAGUAAGCAGUACUAUCAGCAGCCCACUGCUACAGCAGCUGUUGCUGCUGCACAACCGCAACCUACUGUGGCAGAUUCCUACUAUCAGACAGCCCCCAAACCAGGAUAUAGUCAGGGAGUGACGUCCUACACCCAGAGCCAGCAGACUCGACAGGUGACCGUAAUAAAACCAGCUGCUCCCAGUCCAGCCUCGUCCACUUUCUCCAUUUACCCAGUGACCUCCACUGUUCAGCCCGUGGCUGCUGCUGCAUCUGUGGUCCCUUCUUACUCACAAAGCCCAACCUAUAGCACAAAUGCUGUCACCUAUUCCGGAACAUCCUAUUCAGGCUAUGAGGCAGCUGUUUACUCUGCAGCCUCCAGCUACUAUCAGCAGCAACAGCAGCAGAAGCAGGCGGUGGCUGCUGUAGCAGCAACAGCAGCAUGGACGGGAAACACGUUCACCAAGAAACCUCCAUUUCAGAGCAAGCAGCUUCGGCCCAAGCAGCCACCAAAACCUCCUCAGAUCCACUAUUGUGAUGUCUGUAAGAUCAGUUGCGCUGGCCCUCAGACGUAUAAGGAGCAUCUGGAAGGCCAGAAGCAUAAAAAGAAGGAAGCGGCACUAAAGGUUUCUCAGAGUAGCAGCACCAGUGCUAGUGGGGGAGGGGUGUUGGCCCGAAAUGCCCAGAACCAGCUCCGCUGUGAACUAUGUGAUGUUUCCUGCACAGGAGCUGACGCUUAUGCUGCGCAUAUCCGAGGAGCUAAGCAUCAGAAGGUUGUGAAGCUCCAUACCAAACUUGGUAAGCCCAUUCCUUCUACAGAACCCAGUAUGGCCACGCAGACCUCUUCCACCACAGCUGUUCCCAGCAAAACCACCACAGCCACCCUAAACACGACCAGCUCUCUCUGUGUAGCUUCCUCUUCCCCCUCCAUCACCAGCUCCGGCUCCACAUACCUAAAACCUGUCAACAUUGUUGGCAGUGGUGUAGGUGCCAAGAACCCAAUAACCAACAGCCUCUCUGCUGCAAGCUCAGUCUCAGCCGGGAAGAAAGUGAACACACCCAAGAUCAAUUUUGUCGGGGGAAAUAAGUUGCAGACCACUGUGAAGAUGGAUGAGACCAGAGUUGAGGCCAAAGUGGAAACGUCAAAACCCACUACACCCUCAUCGGGUAUUCAGGAACCCAAGGCAGAAGUUUCAGAUUCUUUGUCCACAUCCACCCUGGCUGCGUUGCAGAGUGACGUCCAGCCUGUCGGUCAUGACUACGUUGAGGAAGUUCGAAAUGAUGAAGGCAAAGUUAUCCGCUUCCACUGCAAGUUGUGUGAAUGUAGUUUCAAUGAUCCAAAUGCAAAGGAAAUGCAUCUAAAAGGGCGCAGGCAUCGAUUGCAAUACAAGAAAAAAGUAAAUCCAGAUCUGCAGGUGGAAGUAAAGCCCAGCAUCCGAGCCAGAAAAAUUCAAGAAGAGAAGAUGAGAAAGCAGAUGCAAAAAGAAGAGUACUGGAGAAGAAGAGAGGAAGAGGAGCGUUGGAGAAUGGAGAUGAGGCGUUAUGAAGAGGACAUGUAUUGGAGACGUAUGGAGGAGGAGCAGCACCACUGGGAUGAGCGACGUCGGCUCCCAGAUGGAGGCUAUCCUCAGGGGCCUCCUGGGCCUCCUGGUUUACUUGGUAUCCGGCCUGGGAUGCCUGGCCUGCAACCUCAGGGUCCUGUGCCCCCACGUCGGCCGGAUUCUUCAGAUGAUCGCUAUGUUAUGACCAAGCAUGCAGCCAUCUACCCCUCGGAAGAUGAGCUCCAGUCUAUCCAGAAGAUUGUGUCCAUUACAGAACGUGCCCUGAAACUGGUCUCUGACAUAAUUACAGACCAAGACAAGUCCAAGGAGGAGGACAAAGAGAAAAAGGAACCUAGUAAAGACAGGGCCUUAAAGGGAGUGAUGAGGGUUGGAGUCCUGGCCAAAGGCCUGCUGCUUCGUGGGGACAAAAACGUCAAUCUUGUCCUCCUUUGCUCUGAGAAGCCCACCAAGAGCCUCCUCACUCGCAUUGUGGAGCAUCUGCCCAAACAACUAACAAUGGUGACUCCUGAAAAAUAUGAGGUCAAAGGAUCUAUCCAGGAUGCAGCAAUAAUUCUCACAUCCUGUACAGAGCCAAAGAUGCAAGUGACAAUCACACUGACUUCGCCUGUCAUCAGAGAGGAGAAUGGCCGGGAUGGAGAUGUAACCUCGGGUAUGGUGAAAGACCCAGCGGACGUCUUGGACAGGCAAAAAUGCCUUGACGCUCUGGCUGCUCUGCGCCACGCUAAGUGGUUCCAGGCUAGGGCCAACGGACUUCAGUCCUGUGUGAUCAUCAUCAGAAUCCUGCGUGACCUCUGUCAGCGAGUGCCUACCUGGUCAUCCUUCCCAGGAUGGGCCAUGGAGCUCCUGGUUGAGAAGGCCAUCAGUAGCGCCUCUGCCCCGCUCAGCCCAGGUGAUGCACUCAGACGCGUCCUAGAAUGUAUUUCUUCUGGAAUUUUGCUUCCUGGUGGACCAGGUUUAAUAGACCCUUGUGAAAAGAAGCCUGUGGAUACACUAACGCCCAUGGGAGAGCAGCAAAGAGAGGAGAUUACCUCAAGUGCCCAGUUUGCACUGAGGCUGCUGGCAUUCCGUCAGAUCCACAAAGUUUUAGGUAUGGACCCUCUGCCACAGAUAAACGCACGCUUCAACAUUCGCAACAGCCGUAAGCGUCGCCGGGACAACAGCGAUGGCACAGACAGUUUCGAGGGUGAAGGGAAAAAAGACAAGAAGGAUUAUGAGAGUUUCUAAACUUCUUCAAACCAUAAUUAAUUUAAAGUAAACUCCAUACAGAAAUGUACUAACAUGUUGUAUGCCCUUUCUCCUUUGUACUGCAUUUUUUUUGAAACUCCAGAUGUACCAGUAGAACUGCAGCCUCACUGUGUUAUACCAACAAAUGUCAGUUUGUAGAGCCUUUUAGUGUAGAUUUCAUCCCCCUCUGCGCUGCGUGAAGCUCUUACCUGAUGUGCUUCUUUGAUAGGAGUGUUUAAUGAAAGUGGCUUUUUAAGCUUCUGCUGCUGCUCUGGUCUCAUUGGUUUCCCUCUGAUUUAAAGCUGUGGUAAGAUGGAGGUCACAGCAUAAAAAACAGAACAUCCAAGAGUAAACGCAAUGAUAAAUGUCAAUGCCUUGUUCAUCUGUAUCUGAGUGUGGACUGUUCUAGUGAAGUAUUCAUUUGGCCAACACUUUUCAAAACUUCUGUUUUCAAUAUGAUACUGUGCUUUUUGCAAGUGUUGUUUGAUGCUGUGGACUUAUGUCUUGAUGCUAAGCUACAUUUAAGCUAAAAGAACCUAUGGGACAUUGCACAAGGAUUCAGAAGAACUGUUCUUAGUCUUUGCUAGUAGUGAAGUUACCAGUGGUUUCGUCUCCUCAUUUUCAUAUAUACGAAAGUAUUUGUAUAUACCUUAAAUGAAUAAUAGUGUUUGGUUUGUGGUAAAUAUAGCCAUGUACACAUUGCAUAGUUUGGGCUUUUGCUUUUGUUUGAUUGAAUUGCUUGCCUUUUGAUUUGGUUAGGUGCUAAAUUAAAUGGAAUAAAGUACUAAAAGUGGUGACUGGGAAUGGAAUGGUCAGGAAUGUAAUUACCCUUCAGCUUUGGUUGCUGUGGUCCAUAUUCUGCUUUACGUUUCAUUAGCAGAAUAAAAGUCAUUUCCGGAUA